ACUCCUCCAAAAACACUCAAUCCCCCAAACCCAACAACAACACUAUCCCUUUUCCUAUCGGAACGGUGCGGCGCAGCGCGGCGCGGUGCGGUGCGGUGCGGUGCUGUACACUCUCCGGUUGCCAGAAACCACCGCCGCUUCAUUUUCGAUUCCGAUCUCACUGCAUUGGCUUCUCGCUACUCUUCGUCCCAGGAUGGUUGCGCAGAACUUCGUAGUUGAUUUGAGCAAGCCCCUUGUUUUCCAGGUUGGACAUCUUGGAGAAGCUUAUCAAGAGUGGGUUCACCAGCCCAUUGUUAGCAAGGAAGGCCCCCGUUUCUUUCAAAAUGAUAUUCUGGAGUUCUUGACACUCACAGUCUGGUGGGCAAUUCCUGUCAUUUGGUUGCCAGUUGUAUGUUGGCUUGUAUAUAACUCUAUUCAAAGGGGCCUCAAUUGUCCUCAUGCAGCUCUAAUGGUGGUUCUUGGCAUUUUCGUGUGGUCAUUGCUGGAAUACUCAUUGCACCGUUUUCUUUUCCACAUUAAAACAAAAACCUACUGGGGAAAUACCAUGCAUUAUCUUCUCCAUGGCUGCCACCAUAAGCAUCCCAUGGAUGGCUUGAGACUUGUUUUCCCCCCUACUGCAACGGCUAUAUUAUUGUUCCCGUUCUGGAACGUGGUGAAGCUCAUGUCCACCCCUUCAACUGCGCCUGCUUUACUUGGAGGUGGCUUAUUGGGUUAUGUAAUGUAUGAUUGCACACAUUAUUACUUGCACCAUGCUCAGCCGAAGACUGAAAUUCCCCGAAACCUCAAGAAGUACCACUUGAAUCAUCACUUUCGGAUUCAGGACAAAGGCUUUGGGAUCACUUCAUCACUAUGGGAUAAAGUUUUUGGAACACUUCCUCAAUCAAAAGCGGAAGCCAAAAGUAUGUAAGUUAGUUACUGUCGAGGUGUAGCAUAUGUUGGUUGGGUUCAAGAUUUCCUGUUUUGUUUAUCUAAUUCAUUUUGCUCCCCAAUAAAUGUUUGUGGGGGUUUGCGUUCUAUCUUUAGUCAGUUUUAUGGUGCCAAAGUUCAACAAUUGAACAUUGUCUAGAAAUUGAUAUCUUGUAUCAGAUUUAUGGUGGGAAUCUCAUCUCCUUGUGAAUA